GAGAACUAUGAUGACCCCCACAAGACGCCUGCCUCCCCCGUGGUGCACAUCCGGGGGCUGAUCGACGGCGUCGUGGAGGCCGAUCUCGUGGAGGCCCUGCAGGAGUUUGGCCCCAUCAGCUACGUGGUGGUGAUGCCCAAGAAAAGACAAGCCUUGGUGGAGUUUGAGGAUAUCCUCGGAGCCUGCAAUGCUGUUAAUUAUGCAGCUGACAACCAGAUCUACAUUGCUGGUCAUCCUGCCUUUGUCAACUACUCCACCAGCCAGAAGAUAUCGCGCCCCGGGGACACGGAUGAUUCCAGGGGUGUCAACAAUGUCCUGCUCUUCACCAUCCUCAACCCCAUCUACUCCAUCACGACGGACGUGCUGUACACCAUCUGUAACCCCUGCGGCCCUGUGCAGAGGAUUGUUAUCUUCAGGAAAAAUGGUGUCCAGGCCAUGGUGGAGUUUGACUCGGUGCAGAGCGCCCAGCGAGCCAAGGCAUCCCUCAAUGGGGCUGACAUUUACUCCGGGUGCUGCACGCUGAAGAUCGAAUACGCCAAGCCGACACGCCUCAACGUCUUCAAGAACGACCAGGAUACCUGGGACUACACCAACCCCAACCUCAGCGGACAAGGUAAUCUCCGAUGA